AUGGCUAAAUUCACUUUAACUAGCUUGGUUUUACUACUAAUAGUGCUGCUUCUCAUCCAAGAAUCUCACAUCGUUGAAGGUCGGCCUUUGAAAUCUUCGGGAAUCUCUAGUAUCCCGAAGAAACUCGAUGGUCGCGGUUCAGAAUUUUCAAGCAAGUUAGCGACAGAAGAUCACUCGGUGGAUGCGUUUCGGCCUACCAACCCCGGGAACAGUCCAGGAAUUGGUCACUAG